AUGGCACAGUUUAAUGUAGAUACGUUUUUAGAGGCAGACCUUACACUCGUUCGCUUGCGUCAGCUGCGUAAAGAUGAUCUGAUAGCGGUUGGACAGAAAAUGUCGCUAGAUCUUUCGGAUUUGAAGACUAAGGCAGAGUUAUUUUCUGCUAUUGCGGCCCGUGCGGAAUUGAUACCUGAAAGUAUGAGUGGUGAUUCUGAUAAUGAUUGUGAUGACAGAACUAAACUUGACAGUGAUGAAGUACGGCUUGCACUGGCCCGUAUUGAACUAGAAGAAAGAAGAGAUAGGCUGAGAGCUGCUGAGCAUGAGAGGGAAAUGGAAAGAAAGCGACUGGAGUUUGAGAUGAUGCGGCAUAGUGAAAUUGUGUCUCAGAGUGGGCAGUUGGGUGAGAGAGAGAAAAGGUCAAUGGAAGCUGGGUUCUCUGCCAGGGUAAAGCUUAUUCCAAGGUAUGAUGAGACUGAUUUAGACUCGUUCUUUCUUUUGUUUGAGAGAGUAGCCAGGAAAAUGGAAUGGCCUGAAAGUGACUGGGCAUUGCUCAUUCAGCAAGUAAUUUCAGGCAAGGCACAUUCUGUCGUGUCUGCAUUGAGCUAUGAUCACGCUUUUGACUAUUGGAAAAUGAAAGAUGCCAUCCUUCAGGCGUUUGAGCUAGUCCCAGAGGCAUACCGUCAGAUGUUUCGUGAUCUCAAGAGGGAUUCUGCAGAGACUUGUGUUGAGUUUGCACGUCGAAAAGAGGUCGCAUUUGAUAGAUGGAUCCGGUCUCUGAGAAUUGAGACGACAUAUGAAUCACUGCGUGAGGUUGUUUUGAUUGAUGAGUUCACAAGAUGCAUGUCCCGUGAUGUUAAAACGUACAUGAAUGAUCAUGCUGUUGUUAGUGUCAGAAAUGCUGCAAUGUUGGCAGAUGGGUAUGAGUUGUCACAUAGAAGUAGCGCAUCGCAGCUCCAACCUUCUAGUCCGUUAGCGAGUGGUUUUGGUUGGAGUAGGUCCGAGACGUUACAUAAGGAAAUGGAGAGGUCAAAGUCGCCGAAGAGUAAGUUGAGUGGUGGUAGCCAGUCUAAUGGUGUUAGACCAGAGGGCAGGUUGUUUUGUGCAUACUGUAAGAAGGAUGGGCACCUUAUUUCUCACUGUCAGAAACUAAAGGACAAGAAUACUGGUCAGAAUAAAGUCCAGGCCAGCGGUUUUGUUCGGCCGGCUACGGUUUGUGUAGGAGACCCUGUGUGUGGUGAUGGGGUAAAGCAGACGUUUCGUGAUGGGGUGGAUGAAGGAUACAAGGAAUUUAUUUCUGAUGGCACGGUGAAGUUCACUGUUGAUGGAGAGGAAUUUCCUGUUGUGAUUUUGAGAGAUACUGGCUCUGUUCAGACACUAUUAAUUGCUGAUGAGUCAUCCAUUGAAUCUAGUUUCACAGGCAUGAGAGUUCUGAUCCAAGAUGUGAAUGAGGGUUUCAAAUCUGUUCCUCUAUAUGAUGUAGAACUUUGUAGUGGGCUGGUUUCUGGGCGAGUGACAGUUGGCGUUGUUUCUCGAUUGCCUAUGAAGGGAAUCACAAUGCUGCUUGGCAAUGAUUUGGCUGGGGGUAAGGUGCAGCCAUCUACUGUGUUGAGUGACAUGCCGGUAGUGGAUUCCAAGACAGAGGCUAUGAAAACGGCUAUCCCAGGUAUUUUUCCAUCGUGUGCGGUUACCAGAGCGCAGGCUAUGGCAGGGCGAGAUGAGAGAGAGGUUGAAAAUGGUGGUGACAUAGAUUUAGGGGAUACAAUUUUCAGAGAUCUGAGUGAGAGAAUGAAUAGUCAGACUGGUGAUGAUAGGACUGUUUUCAGCCAGCCUGCCUUGAUUGCAGCCCAACAGUCAGCUGCAGACUUGAAGGGUUUGUAUCAUGUUGCUUUGACAGCAGAGGAGGCUGAGAAGGUCUCACAGUGUUAUUACAUCAAGUCUGGUGUGUUGAUGCGAAAAUGGUGUCCUCCUGGUCGCCCAGCUGAUGAAGAUUGGGUUGCGGUAGAUCAGAUUGUUGUCCCGCCCCAGUAUCGAGCAGAGAUUCUAAGGUUAGCUUAUGAUAUUCCCCUUGCUGGACAUCUAGGUGUGAGGAAGACAGUGGCCAGGAUUAGGGCUCAUUUCUACUGGCCUGGUCUCAGGAAGUGCGUAUCUGAGUAUUGUAAGUCAUGUCAUGUCUGUCAGGUGGUGGGCAAGCCACAACAUCACAUCAAACCAGCCCCACUUAUUCCAAUUCCUGUUUUUCCUGAACCAUUUAGCCGUGUAUUGAUAGAUUGUGUUGGCCCUUUGUCGAAAACCAAGGCAGGUUAUCAAUACUUGCUUACUCUCAUGGAUUCCACCACACGUUUUCCAGAAGCUUUUCCGUUGAGGAACAUUAAGGCUAAGACGGUUAUUGAUGCCCUCUUGGUGUUCUUCACACGCUAUGGACUCCCUCAAGACAUCCAGUCAGAUCGGGGCUCUAAUUUCACGUCUAGUGUAUUCCAGGAGGUGAUGCAUCAAUUAGGAAUCAAGCAGGUAAACUCAUCACCUUACCACCCACAGUCGCAGGGUGCCCUUGAGAGAUACCAUCAGACCUUAAAGACAAUGAUCAAGUCUUACUGCUCUGAGAACUCUGGAGACUGGGAAAAGGGCAUUCCUUUCCUCCUAUUUGCCUCUCGUGAUACUCCAAAUGAAUCUACGGGAUUCACCCCAUUUGAGCUUGUGUUUGGCCAUGAGCCAAGAGGUCCUCUCAAGGUAGUGAAGGAGCAUAUGUUGUCAGAUUUUGGGAUGGAGAGUGGGAAUGUGCUUGAUUGUGUCACAAUUUCGUGA